AUGGCAUCCAGUCAGAAUGACGUGAAUUUCCAAGCUCUCUAUCAAAGUUCUCUUCAAUUAACAACGUCACUAGGCAAUCCAGGCAUUCCACGUCUUGAAAAGCGCUUUGAUCAAUUAGAUGCUGCGUCACGUGGACUCCAUGACGUGUCCAACUCAUCAUCAUUAACAUCUAGUCGUCGAAAACGUCCACAUGCGACGGAGAAAGCGAAUUUUCUACUGGCGUCCAAGGGAAUUAAUGCCGAGAAACUCAGUCAAGAGCUCGAGCAGUUUGAAAUCACGCAAGCAUUUGAGCCUGAGACGCCAUUGGGGGAAACGGAUUUGGAAGGAUAUCUCGCUCAUCAUCACGAGAUGAUUGUAUUGACUGCCAUGGAGGACGUGAAUCGUCAGACAAUACAAGCUACACACGAUCAUAUGAAUCGAGCUAUGAUUGAUGACUUUGAGGAUACAAAGAAACGUCUACUAGAGGAUCUAGGAGGGCUGAAACAACGUGGUUGUUGCAAUUAUCCACGUAUCGUGGAUGAAACAACUGCAAGUGUCUUCGCUUCUACAAGACAGGAAAAGCACGAGGCGUUGGAUUCAAUGACAGGAUUGGGUCUUCGUGGUGCAUCCUUUGUAAACCAGCCACGCUUUCAAUUGGCAACGAACUCGGGGUUUGGAACAUCGCUCCAAAUGUCACAGCUACAGGUGGAAAACGCAAUGACAGAGGAGAUGAAACAGUACUACUUGGUCAUUAAGGAACUCAAUAGUACUCGUGUCCCUAACACGCGCAGUCAGUUUCAACUGGCACGUCACUUUCAACGUGUCUGUGCGGCCAAUGUAUCAGUGUCAGUGACUGGAUCGAAGUGGGAAGCAGUGCUCAAGUGCUGGCAACUUGUGAAUGAUGUGCUAGUCGGUGGAGAUGCUACCAAGCCAAAUGCACCUAAGCUGGGAGAACGUGAAUUUACAAGUGUGAGAGAGGGACGAGAUGAAGCUCAACGUACUUUGCUACAGCAUCGCUUUGCUUUUGGAGCACGUGUGUUCCUUGAGAACCAGUUUCGUGCCUUUGUACAGGAAACUGUACAGAAGAACGACCUUGCUACUGGUGGAGUUCCCAACCUAAUCUCCAAUGUUCGCGCGUUUGUCAAGCAUCUGCAUAGCUCGCGUUAUGCUGCUAGUGGUAGUGAUAGUGCCAUGGACGUAGAUAACAUUUGGGCAAUAAUCUACUACAGCCUCCGUUGUGGUGGGGAUCAGGAGGCUGUUGAUCUUGCGAAGAGUGUGUCAAGUGGUGACGACUCCCCUAUUGACGCAGACAUCCUGUGCGCGUUGCGAUACCGUGCACAGCAAAAGGCAUUGUAUGCAGACCGCAGCGCUAGUCCGCUGAAUGCUUUUAUGAAGCAGUUUCCUGCUGAGUUUGAACGCUUGACGGACCGCUACCACCGUUUGGUGAGCUCAUCAAUCGACGCAGUAUCGGUCGUGAAUCCGUUCGAGCGCUGCGUUGUGAAUCUAUUGUGCUAUGGUAACGUCAAUGCCAACGAGCAACGCAUUAUGACAACCAUUGAAGAUUACCUGUGGCAACGUCUCUGCUUUAUUCAGCGCGUGGCGGCUACUAGAUCGACGCCAGACAGUGCAUACACGAUUGCAAAGUUGUCACAGAGUAUCCAGAGGUUUGGUCCGACACACUUUGAAAGUGGCGUACAGCCUGGCGGCAGUUAUUUUUCCGCCUUCCUGUACUUUGAAAUUCUGCUUAUCACACAGGAUUUUGAAAAGGCGAUCAAAUAUCUGGCAUCAAGGGGUUUUCUGCUGGAAGCUGUGCACUUUGCACUCACAUUAAACCAUUACGGUCUGUUGGAGUGUACGUCAUUUUCCAUGGGAGAAGAGGAUGAGACAACAGUCGACCUCGUGCGUCUUGUUCGCCAGUACAUUCAUGGGUUUCAGCGUGCCAACGCCGCGGAGGCUGCCGACUACGUGGCCUGCAUUUCGGAUAUGACAGCGAAGAAGGAGCUUCUCGCUGAGUUGCUGCUUGACACGCGCAAGUUUGAUGUGCUGGCUGGAUUCACAAACAACACAGACGGCUCGCGCACUCGUGGUCUCUACGAUCAUCUUCUUCGGGAUGAACCUGAAGAUGAGGUUAAGGAGCUAAUUCUCACCGCUGCACGCAAGGCUGAAGCUCGUGGUCGACCGCACGACGCAUUUGCGCUGUUAAAAAGCGCAGGCGAUAUCGAAGGCGCAAUUGUGCUGCUCAAUUCGCAGCUUAGCUCAACUUUGUCGGCCACACGGCCAGAGCGCGAAGAAUGGUUUUGUGAGGCGAGGGAGUUUGCCGAGAAGUGGAUGCGCUUUCCUUGGGUCCAGACAAUUGCCAAUCGGUAUGCGCGCACGGCUGCCAUUGCCUUCCAGACCCUCCUGAACAUCAGCAUUUUCCUUGAGAUCUUCGAGAAGCAGCAGUAUGAAGAUGCUAUCGCGUUUGUUGAUGAGCUGGAGGUCGUGCCGACGCAGAACUCGAGCAACCUUAGUCUUUGUGUGGACCGCUUCCUUGCCUUUGACGAAACUGUGCGACAGAAUUUUCACAUUCUGCUGAUCGGAUACAUGGAGUGUCUUGUACGGGAUGCGGAUCGCCUAAAGACUCAACUGUCCGGCGAUAUCCGGCGUACUGGCGUUGCUGCUUUGCGCGAAAAAGCCGAACUCGUUGUCACUUUUGCGGGCAUGAUCAAAUUCCGUCUACCGACAGGAACGAACGAGCGGCUGAAUCGCAUGGAGUCCAUGAUCUAUUAG